CUAGCGCAAAGCGGAAACGGAGCUGCGAGGCUGCGGCUCUAGGCGAAGCCACCGGCGUUGCCCCUCCGCCAGGGCCCUUUGGGGCAGGCACGCUCCGCCCCGCCUCCGGCAAGCCCCGGUGCCACCUCCCGCCCUGGGCUUGCUCCUGCCUUGCGCUUCGGCGCAUUUUUCCUGGGUGGCGCCCAGGCGCUGAAGAGGCGCGAUGGAGAAGACGGUCCGCGACUGCCUCGUGGCCGCCUUGGAGGACCUGGCGGACGACGAGCUGAAGAAGUUCAAGGGCAAGCUCCACGAGCUGCCGGUCAGGGAGGGCUACGACAACAUCCCCCGAGGGAGGCUGCAGAAGGCGGACGCCUUGGACCUGAGCGACCUCCUGGUGAGCUACUACACGGAGGGCUACGCCGUGGAGGUGGCGGCCGCGGCGCUGGGAGCCGUCAACUGCAAGCCCCAGGCGGAGAGGCUGCGCAGAGGCACCGGGAACGGUGACCACAGAGCUCUUCCGGGACCAGCACUUUCCACCAGGUCUGUUUUAGGAAGAGAUGCGAUGCAGGAGGCGGUCCCAGCAGAGCAGCAUUUCAUUGAGCGGCACCGAGAGGCGCUGAUCCAAAGGACUGGCACAGUGGAGGGCGUUCUGGAUCAGCUCUAUGGAACCGUCAUGGAUGAGGAGCAGUAUGCCAGGAUCUGCUCAAAGGGGACCAACCAGGAAAAAAUGCGGGAGCUCUACAAGCUGGUGCCAAGCUGGAACCGCUAUUGCAAGGAUCAGCUGUACAAGGCCCUGAAGAGCAAAAACAAGUUCCUCAUUGCUGACCUUGAAGGCCAGUGAGGCCCUCAAGGCACAGCAGCUUCCCAGGGCACCGAAAUCCAACUCUCCGCACCGGAGCAGCAGAACCUCUGUCAGCCUGAGGGCCAAAUGCCAUUCCAGAGAAGUUCACCAGGGCCACAAUUAAGUGGUGGUGGGCCAAAGACACAAGGGAUGUGCAAAAUGCCAGCAUCUUUUAGCUUAAAGCCCUUACUGCUAGUAAAUAAACCGUCAGUCUUCUAAAA